UUUUUUCUUACAUCAAUUUGUUACUGAUGGUUAAUGAACACUCUUAUAUCAACAACAAUACUACGAAAAUAAAAAAAAGUACCAACACGUCACACAACAAUAUAUGGUCUACUAUAUUGAAAGGGGUUGCUUCGUCGAAAAUAAUUCGUACAAAGAAUAUAUUGGUUUUGGGCGAACCGUCAAGUGGAAAAACAACUCUCAUACACCAAUUAACAAAGUCCACAUCUACAUUACAACAACGAGAAGAAGACAAACACUCAUUAGACACAAUCAUCAAUAUCAAUGACAAGCCUUUGAGUAACAAGAUCUAUAAACAACAACCGUUGGACAAUAAACAGUUGGCUCUUGGUUAUACAUAUACAAAUAUUCAAGAUAAAGACACUAAAGUAUCGGCAAGAUUAGGGAUCUAUCACUUAUCGGCUCCAGGCUAUCUGACGUUAUUACAAGCUGUGCUCAAUAUGGAAAUGAUCAAAGAUACAAUGAUAUUGAUUGUAUUGGAUUGGGAACAACCUUGGAAAAUGGUGGAAAAAUUACAACAAUGGAUGCAUAUGAUUCAUCAAGUGAUGUCUACGUUUAAUCAUGAAGACAACGAAGAAAUGGAUCAAAUACGUGCCAACGUACUCAAAUAUAUGCAAGAUUAUGUUGAACACGAUGCUACUACGAAUGAAAAAAUAUCACCAUCAUCAAGUCUAUUAUCUACUGAUCAAGCGAGUUUACCAUUGACUGAAGGUGUCUUGACCAUCAAUUACGGUGUGCCACUAGCCGUUGUUUGUUGUAAAAGUGACGCACAGGCAAAUUUGGAAAAGACGCAAGGUUUCAAACAGGGUCGAUUGGAUUAUAUACAACAGAUAUUACGGACUAUUUGUAUGAAAUAUGGUGCUGCCUUAUUUUAUACAUCAACGUCACACCCACACACGUUCACUGAUUUACGACAAUACAUACUGCAUAGAACAUUGAUAAACGCCUCUUUUCAAAAACAAGCGCAAGUGAUGGAUCGAGAUACGUUAAUGAUACCAGCCGGUUGGGAUUCUUGGAAGAAAAUCAAGGUUUUGGAGGAACAUUUCGACUGUAGAUCAGUAUCCGAUUUGUGGGAUAUGGAUAUGAAGGCUUGGGAAAUAGGACAACCCGCUAAUAUGACUCAAGGAUUACAAGCUAUGUAUACGAACGCUAUUCAUAAGCAACCAGGAUUUGAUUAUGUGCCUUCGACCAACCCUUCUCUGAUAUUAUGUCAAGAUGAACAAACAUUUUUGGAACGACAUCUUGAUACAUUACAACGUAAUGGUCCUACAGAUAACCAACAUCAUCGGCCUGGCAUCAUUGGUCCUCUAGGUACAUCAACUACGCCAAGCUCACUGGACAUCUUACAUACAGAUCAUGCUACAUCACCUUUGUCACGGAUAGAUAAUAUCAAGGACUUGAAUCAUUCACUCAAGAGAUUGGCCCUUGAUAAAUUGAAUAAAGGAUCUACGGUUCCUUUAUCGACUUCAGCAAGUGAUACAGUAGCUACCACAUCAUCUAUCAGCAUCAACAAUGAGCAUAAUGAUAACAACACUAGCUCAUCAAACGAAAUAUUGAACAACUUUUUCCAAUCACUUCUCUGCAAGAAAUCGGCAUCCUCCUCGACAUCUAGUAGGCCAUCAGCGAAUUUGGAUAAUCCUUCCAAUUCAUCUUCUGUAAAACAUCAACUCUAUGCCUCUACAAGUUUCCGUCGUUCUCGUCUUAUGAAUGUCAGCAAUGUGGAGAAAUCAGCAAGUUCAGUGCACCAAGUGAAGACUCUGAUGGAAUAAUUUUACUUUUUUUUUUUCUUGUCAAUUGUAUUACUCAUUUACUGGGGGGUUUUUUUUUCAUAUGAAGCGCGUUUAUUAUUUCUACGUAAUGGUUAGAAACUUAUUUGGAUUUGAAUAUAUUUCCGAUGAUCAGUAUUGUAUGUAUUCUUUAUAAUGCCUUUUAUGUCUUUAGAAGUUUCGUUCGCUCUUAUAUCCAAUAAAAUAAUGCUUUUCCGUUUUU